GUUAGAUAGCUGCAAGACAAGGCCGUGAAUGAUAGCUCUACUAUCGAGAUAGCACGCGCUCUUUCUGUACGCUAUAGAUCGCAGAGUGAUAUAGUGGGUGAGAAAAAAUAACACGUGAGGAUUUUUAUUGUGCAGUUGCUUGAGGCGAUUUUUAGAAAUGAUUCCACGGCCAACCUGUAAACUGAGGACUAUUUUGUUUUUAUGUGUAUUAGUGAUUUUAUUAGUUCAUUUAACAUCAUCGGAAAGAGUAUCAAGAAGAAGACUGCGUAGACCAACAAAAUCCUCAGUAACAGUAUCAAAAGAUCAAGAAGUCUCAUCAAGUGUAUCAAAAUUAAGAAGAACAAGGCCGAGUAAUAGAAAAUCAUCAGUCAAUUCAGUAUCUGUCUCGAAAAAGGACAAAGAUGAUGGUUACAAAGUCGUCUGCUACUACACGAAUUGGUCGCAAUACAGGGUAAAAAUUGGCAAGUUUACUCCAGAAGACAUUCUUCCCGAUCUAUGUACGCAUUUAAUUUUUGCUUUUGGAUGGUUAAAAAAAGGAAAAUUAUCUUCAUUUGAAAGCAACGAUGAAACCAAAGAUGGCAAGGUUGGGUUGUAUGAGAGGAUUCAGAAGUUGAAGAAAGCUAACCCUAGUCUAAAGACUCUUCUUGCUAUUGGUGGAUGGUCCUUUGGUACAGCCAAAUUCAAAGAAAUGGCAGCCACCAGAUAUUCCAGGCAAACUUUCAUUUACAGCGCCAUUCCAUUCUUAAGGCAAAGAGGAUUUGAUGGACUCGAUAUGGAUUGGGAAUAUCCUAAAGGAUCAGAUGAUAAGAAAAAUUUCGUGCUUCUAUUGAAAGAACUCAGAGAAGCAUUCGAAGCUGAAUCCCAAGAAAUUAAGAAAAACCGCCUACUGCUCACCGCCGCCGUCCCAGUCGGUCCCGAUAAUAUCAAAGGAGGCUAUGACGUACCAGCAGUAGCCUCGUAUCUCGAUUUCAUUAACGUCAUGGCAUACGAUUUCCACGGAAAAUGGGAAAGAGAAACUGGUCAUAAUGCUCCACUUCACUCGCCAAGCAGUGACAGUCAGUACCAAAAACAAUUAAACGUAGAACAUGCUGUCAAUUUGUGGGCUAAAUUGGGUGCUCCAAAAGAUAAAUUAAUAGUCGGAAUGCCUACUUACGGAAGAUCUUUUACUUUGUCCGAUCCAAGUAAGCAUGGAGUUCAUGCUCCUAGUAGUGCUGGUGGAAAAGAAGGUCCUUAUUCUAAGGAGAGUGGAUUUUUAGCUUACUAUGAGAUAUGUGAAAUGUUGCUGAAUGGAGCCACUUACUAUUGGGACGAUGAAAUGAAAGUUCCAUACCUCGUACAAGAUGACCAAUGGGUGGGUUUCGAUGAUGAAAAAUCCAUCAGAUAUAAGAUGAAAUGGAUCAAGGAGAAUGGACUUGGAGGAGCCAUGGUUUGGACCGUCGAUAUGGACGAUUUUACCGGUACUAUAUGCGGAGGAGAAGUGAAAUAUCCUUUGAUAGGUGCCAUGAGGGAAGAAUUAAGAGGCAUUACUAGAGGAAAAGAUGUGAAAGAUGUCGAUUGGGAGGCAAUCGCUGGAGCCGACGAAAGUGAUGAAGACGAAGACGAAGAAAACGAAGACGAAGAGAAACCCAAGCCUAUUAAAAUUGCUGUAUCUGAAGUAUUGAAACGCGUCAGAAAACCAAAUAGUAAAAAAGGAGGCUCAAGUUUAGCAAAAAAAGUAAACAAGAAAGUUCGCAAACCUCAAGUAUUUUGUUACAUGACCAAUUGGUCAUAUAAGAGACCUGGAGCAGGAAAAUUCACACCAGAAGAUAUUAAUCCUGCACUUUGUACGCACAUCGUUUAUGCAUUUGCAACUAUUAAAGAUCAUAAACUUGCAGAAGCCAACAGCAAAGAUCCUGAAAUGUAUGAAAGAGUAAUUGAGCUUAGAGAGAAGAAUCCGGAUUUAAAAAUAUUGUUAGCCAUCGGUGGAUGGGCUUUUGGUUCAACUCCAUUUAAGGAACUUACAGGAAACGUAUUUAGGAUGAAUCAGUUCGUUUAUGAGUCUAUAGAAUUUUUGAGAGAAUUUAAAUUUAACGGUUUGGAUGUAGAUUGGGAGUAUCCAAGAGGAGCAGAUGACCGAAUUGCUUAUGUCAAUCUGUUGAGAGAACUGAGAGUCGCUUUUGAAGGUGAAGCUAAAAGCAGUGGUCAGCCCAGGUUACUGCUUACAGCAGCUGUACCUGCUUCCUUUGAAGCUAUAGCUGCUGGUUAUGACGUUCCAGAGAUUUCCAAAUAUUUGGACUUUAUCAAUGUAAUGACUUAUGAUUUCCAUGGACAGUGGGAACGAACGGUUGGACACAAUGCACCAUUGUUCCCAUUGGAAAGUGCUUCCAAAUAUCAAAAGAAACUAACAGUGGAUUACUCAGCUCGUGAGUGGGUGAAGCAGGGAGCACCAAAAGAAAAGUUAAUGAUAGGAAUGCCAACCUACGGACGUAGUUUUGAACUAGUAAACGCUUCCCAGUUUGAUAUUGGAGCACCAGCUAGCGGUGGAGGUAUAUCUGGAAAAUACACUUCAGAAGCAGGAUUUAUGAGCUACUAUGAAGUAUGCGACUUCCUGCAUGAGGACAACACAACUUUAGUGUGGGAUAACGAACAGCAAGUGCCAUUUGCCUAUAGAGAAAAUCAAUGGGUAGGAUUUGAUGAUGAAAGGAGUCUUAAAACUAAGAUGGCUUGGUUGAAAGAAGAAGGUUUCGGAGGCAUCAUGAUCUGGUCUGUAGAUAUGGACGACUUCAGAGGUUCUUGUGGUAGCGGAAAAUAUCCUCUUAUUAACGCUAUGAGACAAGAGCUCGAAGGAUACAAAGUUAAACUUGAGUUCAGCGGUCCUUAUGAAACGUCUGUAUCUUCAGGACAGUAUACAACCAAAAAUCCUAUUGAAGUAACUUGCGAAGAGGAAGAAGGUCACAUUAGUUAUCACCCUGACAAGGCAGACUGCAAGAUGUACUACAUGUGCGAAGGAGAAAGAAAACAUCACAUGCCUUGUCCAGCAAACCUAGUCUUCAAUCCCGACCAGAACGUCUGUGAUUGGCCAGAAAAUGUGGAGAGUUGUUCGCAAUUCACACCAGCGCCACCACCAAGUUAAUGCAAUAUUAUUAUUUGAGUGAAAAUUCAUAGACUGUGUUCAAUGACAAAAAUCAGAGGCUCGUUAAAAUUCAAUAGUCAUAAUAUUGAAACUAUAUAGGCACAAGGUUACGAUUAUCUUGAAUUUAUAUUGAUGAAUAGGCUCGCAUAAAUUAUGAAAGUAAAUAUUAAAUAAUUUUUCAAAAAUAGUUAUUCAACCAUGUUGCAUUUAUACAUAGUAUCGUAAAUACAUUUUUAAUAAAAUUAUAGCACAUCACAACUGACUUGGAUAUUUCAAAAAGCACAUGAGUCACAAUUAUUUGAAACUGAGAAUAUAGUGAUUUCUUUAUAUUUAAAGGUAUUAAAUUAUGAGUAGACAAACUGAUCCUGACUUUAUUAAGAACGGCUGGGAUUCAUGCCUAUUACUACCCAUUGCUCAUAUAUUAGCUGUUCUUGAUUCUGUUAAAAACAAGGCUUGAGCUUAGGCCUAUUUUAUCGGUAGAUCUUCAAAAUUGAAUUUAUUAAGAUUAAUCUAAAAUACAUACAUUUUAUUUUAACUUUCUAAGUUUUGUUACUAGAUUUUACAGCUUUGAUACUAUUUUUCCUCCAUUUUUAUUUUAGCAGUUGUUUAUUUUUGCUUGCCAACUCUAGAUCUAGUUCUUCCUACAGGCUGAUAAAAUGUAUUUUUUCUUUAAAUACAUUUGAAUAUAAAUAAGUCACUAAAAAAUAAAGAAUUUAGAAAAAUAUGUACCAUUAUAUAAUUUUAAAAACUUUAAAAAGAUGGUUGCGUUAUUUUAAAAUAAAAAAAAUUAUUUAAUUUUUAAAUCAUGUUUACCUACAUUAUUGUAAAUACCGAACUUAUUAUUUUUAUUUGUUUUACCGACAUUUUUAUUUUUAUAUUUUAACAGCAGUAACACAUUGAACACAUUUUUAAAAC